UACUGUGGCUGGUUCACGGAAACGAAACAGAGCAGUUAAUUUGUCGGACUUUUUUCUUGUGAAGUGCUAUAUUUUGCCCUUUUCGUGUUUUACAGUUCCACUUCUGUCUUCCCAAGUAUCAAAGGAUUAUUGUAAACUCAUCAUUUUUGUAUAAUUCCUAAAAUAAAAUGUGGGAAACGCUUUGUCUUGUCUGUCUAUCAGCAUGUUACCUAUUGUCACACUAUUGAACCGCCAACAGAAUCAAUUUGGAAUUACGAAAGAUGAAAAGAUGACAUGUCUGCCCACAUACACACACACGAUCUCGUUUCUAUUGCGGGUAAACGGAAGUGCUAAUAUUUGAAGGUUUUGUGGCAUUGUCUUUCAACGCUUAGGUGAAGAAGACAUAGUUCUGUCAGUUUCUGAGAGUAUGGUGCAAACAUAUUUUUAUCUUGCUUGUUUGUUCGCGGGCUACAAUGAAGCGUGGAAUUAAAUUAGGAGCCGUUAUCUUUCUUGUCUGUGUUUUUAUUAUCAUCGUUGCGCCAGGAAAGUUUAGUUACCAGCAUACUCUAGACAUGGCAAUCGACUGGAAAACUGUUGAUAUUUUGGGUAAAGAAAUUCCUGAAGAAGCUAUUAAGAAAAAAAAUGAUGUACAAAUCACUUCCCACACGCAUAAAAUACACGGCGUUGACAUGUUUUACCGAGAAGCCGAAAUUCCAAAUGGUGUAAAGGCAUCCGGACAAUCGCUUCUUUUCCUACAUGGACGAAGUUUUAAGUCAGAAACCUGGGAAAAUCUUGGGACACUGCAGUUAAUGGCAGCAUUAGGUCAUAAAACGGUUGCAGUUGACUUACCAGGCUAUGGUAAUACUCACAUGACUUACUCAGGAGACAAAGCUGCUUUCCUGAAGUCAACAAUAGAAGAACUAACAUUGACUAAACCUGUUGUAAUUUCCCCUUCUAUGAGUGGUGGUUAUUCCGUAAGUUUUUUGGGAAAAUACGCUGACCUCAUAUCUGGUUAUGUGCCUGUAGCUCCAGUGGCCUCAGAUUCUGUACCAAAAAGUGUUCUCCAGCAUAUUGAGGUGCUUCUGUGGGUAGCCUUGCUGGACAGUAGCAGGAGGCACCAAAUCAGUCACCCAGGUUCCUACACUAAUAGUCUAUGGAAGUGAUGACAACACAGGUUUAGCAGAAACUUCAUUUAAAAAUUUGAAAGUGCUACCUAAUAGCAGGGAGGUAAAGAUUGAAAAGGCUGGUCAUCCAGCGUAUCUCAACCAGCCCGAGUUGUGGCAUAAACUGUUGUAUAACUUUAUGAAGUUAUUGCAGUAAGUUAGAGGUUAUUUUAC